CACUCUACACUGAGGGCCAGAGGUACAUGUACAUGUAAGUAGGAAAAGACAGGUUUCCAAGUUCAACCCUCCAUUUUUCGCCAGGGCCAGAUGAUGAGAACUUUCCUCAGAUGAAGUGUACGUGUAGUUGCUAUGACAGUACAAGAGAAAGUUCACUGCUGUAACCAUGGCGACCAACGAUCUAAACAUCCCACCGACUGAGGAACCGAUCGGCAAGAAGCUCAGUCGCAUUGCAUCCCAGUUACUCAUCCCGGUCUUGCUGCCAGCAUCCAGCAUUUUCUUUGGUUGGCUGGCCCAGAGACGAAUCAGCAUCCAGCUGAAUCAGCUGCAGAAGGAAAAGGAAAGGAUUGCAGACCUGAAAGAGGAUGUGGACUUCCUACAAGAUGAGGUAAAAAACUUGAGCAAGAGACGUCUUGAGCUGGAGGAGAAGACUAGUAUGACAACCAUCAAACGGCGCUGUCUCCUGGAGGAGGCCAUCAUAAAGGAGGAGAACCAGGCCACACAGAAGAUUCUGACAGAGUUGGAGGAGCUGCGGCCCCUGCUCAAACAGCGCCAGGACAUUUACUGUAACCCCUUCAAGUACCGCGGCCCGCGUUUGGAGUUGGAGUCGCAGCUCCUGUUUUCUGCCUACUUCAAACCGUACGACAAGGACCUCGGACUGUACGUCGGGAUGCAGAAUAUACUGAAGCACGACCAGAGCUGCAGCCAGGAAGGCAAUGGUUGCUUGAUGUGGGUGUACCUGCAGCUCUGGAAGACCCGGGCUGAGCUGCUCAAGCACAGGCGAGUGGCUGCCAGGAUGAAAGAAGUUGAUGAGUCGUUCGCCAAAUGAGUGGCACAAAGUUGCAACAAGUCACCAAAUGUUUUGACUUGAGCCAAAUUUUUUUGAGGAAGUGACUCAAGUCAAGAUCAAGAAAUAACUGUAAACUCAGUGCAUGAAUCAGAAGGACUGGGAAUUGUGUUUCAUGUCUGGUUUUGAGUUGAAUUGAAUUGAGCCAAAUUGAAUUGAACUGUUUUGAACUGCAAAACCAAAAAGACCAUGUUGAAGAAGACAAGAUACUUUGGUCAAGUUUGGUCAUGAAGACAGACAUUACUAAUGUUGUGUCAUGCAAACAGCAACUGGCCAACACUAUUCACCAAACUUCAUCUUUUGGAGCACUAAUAGGUCCUUUCACAGAGCAUUACCUGUUGUAUUUGGAACUACAGUCCAAGUCCCAGUUCAACACAUGCUCUUGUUUUACACUGACUUUUCUAGAUAUUGUUUGUUCUUACGUUAAAUAUGGUGAACCAGUGAU